AAGAGAAUCUGCUGUUAUAUGGAUUACAGUAACAUUCCAUCAAUCACUGAAAAACAGAAUUGAAUCGACAUGUACCUGGUAGAGAGCAAAGGAGGAGCCAUAGCAUGUAUGCUGCUUUCUCUCAUCUUCUUGGGCACAUGGCCUGCAAUCAUCACUCUGCUAGAAAGGCGAGGCCGUCUUCCUCAACACACUUACCUUGAUUACACCUUCACCAAUCUGUUGGCUGCUGUGAUUAUAGCUCUAACAUUUGGUCAGAUUGGCAGCAGCACUCCUGAGAACCCCAACUUCUUCACCCAACUUUCUCAGGAUAAUUGGCCCUCUGUUCUGUUUGCCAUGGCUGGUGGGGUGGUUCUCAGCCUUGGCAAUCUCUCCACACAGUAUGCUUGGGCAUUUGUUGGUUUGUCAGUGGUACAAGUGAUCAGCUCAAGCAUGACUGUUGUUAUAGGCACCACAUUGAAUUACUUCUUAGAUGACAAGAUCAACCGAGCCGAGAUCCUUUUCCCUGGAGUUGGCUGUUUCUUGAUUGCGGUUUGUCUUGCAUCGGCUGUUCACUCAUCCAAUUCAGCUGAUAACAAAGCAAAGCUUCGUCUUAGUAACUAUUCAACUUCUGUAGGAGCUCAAGACUCUUCUGCAUCAAAAGAAGGAAACCAAAACAAUGGAAGGGAGGAUCUGGAGAAUGGGAGGAAUAGUAAGGCAAAAGCAGGAACAGCAGACUUCCUUAUAGAGCUUGAGAAGAGAAGGGCAAUCAAGGUGUUUGGAAAGAGCACUUUCAUUGGACUUGCAUUAACUUUCUUUGCUGGAGUUUGCUUUUCCCUCUUCUCACCGGCAUUCAACUUGGCAACAAAUGAUCAGUGGCAUACCUUGAAGAAAGGGGUGCCGCACUUGGUUGUUUACACCGCAUUUUUCUAUUUCUCAUUGUCUUGUUUUGUGAUUGCCCUCAUCCUAAACAUCAGCUUUCUUUACCGUCCUGUGCUGGACACGCCCAGAACAUCAUUUAAGGCCUAUCUAAAAGAUUGGAAGGGCAGAGGGUGGGCCUUCCUGGCAGGGCUUUUGUGUGGGUUUGGGAAUGGUCUGCAGUUCAUGGGAGGUCAAGCUGCAGGAUAUGCAGCAGCAGAUGCUGUUCAGGCACUUCCACUCGUGAGCACUUUCUGGGGUGUGCUUUUGUUUGGAGAGUACAGGAGAUCAUCUGGAAGAACAUACGUAUUGCUUUUUUGCAUGUUGUUCAUGUUUGUUGCAGCUGUUGGAAUCCUCAUGGCAUCAUCAGGGCAUCGUAAAUGAGUUUUACUUGUAUCUACAAAUUCAAGAGCCAUUAUUUGUUACAAAAGGCAGACCAAAUAGAUAAUUAAGAGCCAUAGCCAGCUAAAAGCAGCAGUGCAAAGGGCCAGAAUUGGUGUAAGGCCUAAAGAUAAUUUCCUGAUGAUUCAAAAGUCUUCAGAAGAUUAUCCUCAAAUAUAGGAGUAGUGAUUUACAAUACAGAUGUAACAUGUUAAGGAUUACUGGAUUUCACACACUAAUACAAGCUAUAAACAUUCCUAAUGCCA